CUUAGUGGAAGGUCUCAAGGGAUUAGUCGGUUGAAUUGGGUCGUUCGAAGCGGGUUUCGGGACGGGACGAUAGUUACGAUGCGCAAGAUUCGGUACAAUUUGCUCGAGGACGACUCGUCGGUGAAGGACGUGAUCGAGUUGGUGGUAUCGCAAGGACCCAAGGAUGAACCGGUGCACAUCCUGGACCUGGACGACGUCGUGGCCAAGCAUCAAAACUGGCGACGGAAGCUGCCCCGCGUGGAUCCGUUCUACGCCGUCAAGUGUAACGACGAUCCAGCUAUUGUGCAAACUUUGAUCGCGCUCGGAGCUGGCUUCGACUGUGCCUCGAAGGCUGAAAUUGAACUCGUGCUUCAACGGGGUGGAGAUCCGUCCAGAAUCAUCUACGCUCACACGGCCAAAUCGAUUGACUCGUUGGUGUACGCGAAGGCCUGCGGGAUAAACCUGAUGACCUUCGACGGUGAGAUCGAACUGGACAAGAUCAAUCAAGUGCAUCCGGAAGCGUCGUUGGUUCUACGCAUCCGUUACGACUCGGCCAACGCCCAAGUGUCGCUGGGCAAAAAGUUCGGUUGUGAUCCGGAGCAUGAAGCUCCACAACUCCUGCGCUAUGCCAAAUCACUUGGACUGUCGGUGGUUGGGAUAAGCUUCCACGUUGGCUCGGGUAACAGUGAUCAUGAGUGUUUCUACGGGGCCAUCAAGGCAGCCAAAAAGUUGUUCGAUUACGCCCAAUCCCUCGGAUUCGAUCUUCGAUUGCUGGACAUCGGUGGCGGAUAUCCGGGAGAUCACGACAAACCCAUCGACCCGUACGCGACCACCAUCAACGGAGCUCUCCAGCGAUUCUUCCCCUGAAGUCGAAUGUUCGGGUCAUUGCAGAACCAGGAACCUAUUACGUCGCUUCAGCCGUAACGCUGAUCGCAAACGUUCAGUCAAAGCGAAUCGUACGAACGCCCCAGGGAACCGUC